GUUUGCUCACAUCUCUAACAUUCGCUAUUCCGCUUCUGCUCUGGUUCAGUCGUUGUGGGUUUUUUCCAUUAAAAAGAUAGAAGAAAAUGUCCGCUACUGAAGGAAAAGUUAUCAAGUGCAAAGCUGCUGUUGCUUGGGAGGCCAAAAAGCCGCUUGUUAUCGAAGAUAUCGAAGUAGCCCCCCCCAAGGCACAUGAAGUUCGCAUUAAGCUUACGGCAACAGGUGUGUGCCACACAGAUGCUUUCACACUGAGUGGCGCGGAUCCCGAGGGCCUGUUCCCCUCUGUGCUAGGCCACGAGGGCGCUGGCAUCGUGGAGAGCGUAGGUGAGGGCGUGACCAACUUUAAGACCGGCGACCACGUUAUUGCACUGUACAUUCCUCAAUGCAAUGAUUGUAAGUUUUGCUUGAGUGGCAAAACUAAUCUUUGCCAGAAGAUUCGAGUCACCCAGGGAGCUGGCGUAAUGCCCGAUGGUACAACUCGCUUCACUUGCAAGGGCAAACAGCUGUUCCAUUUCAUGGGCACCUCCACAUUCUCGGAGUACACUGUGGUUGCUGAUAUUUCAUUAACCAAGGUCAACGAGACUGCGCCGCUGAACAAGGUGUGUCUUCUGGGCUGUGGCAUUUCUACUGGUUACGGUGCGGCUCUCAAUACUGCUAAGGUAGAACCAGGAAGCACCUGUGCCGUUUGGGGACUGGGCGCCGUAGGUUUGGCCGUUGGACUAGGCUGCAAAAAGGCUGGCGCAAGCAAGGUCUAUGGCAUUGACAUCAAUCCAGCUAAAUUCGAAUUGGCAAAGCAGUUCGGCUUCACUGACUUCGUGAAUCCGAAAGAUGUUGCCGACAAGGGCCCUAUUCAGAACUAUUUGAUUGAUUUGACCGAUGGCGGUUUCGAUUACACCUUUGAGUGCAUUGGCAACGUAAAUACUAUGCGCGCUGCUCUCGAGGCUACGCAUAAGGGUUGGGGCACAUCUGUGGUGAUAGGUGUGGCCGGUGCUGGCCAGGAGAUUUCCACUCGACCAUUCCAAUUGGUUGUGGGUCGUGUGUGGAAGGGCUCUGCUUUUGGUGGUUGGCGCUCCGUUUCGGAUGUACCCAAAUUAGUGGAGGCCUACCUAAAGAGAGAUCUACUUGUGGAUGAGUUCAUAACGCAUGAAUUGCCACUAACUAAAAUCAACGAAGCUUUCGAUUUGAUGCACAGUGGCGAAAGCAUUCGCAGCAUUAUAAAUUACUAAAACUUGUUCAAUA